AUGACACUUCUCUGAUCCACUGAACUGGAGGUAACCACUUUCUUUCUGAUGGGCUUCCAAGGUCUAGAUCUCCAUGGGUGGAUCUCUGUUCCCUUCUGCUCCAUCUACUUGACAGUUAUCUUGGGGAACCUCACCAUUCUCCAUGUCAUCCAUACUGAUGCCACUCUUCAUGAACCCAUGUACUAUUUCUUUGCCAUACUAGCUCUCACAGACUUAGGCCUUUGCCUUUCCACAUUGCCCACUGUGCUGGGCAUUUUUUGGUUUGAUGCAAGAGAGAUUGGCAGGUCUGCCUGUUUCACUCAGCUCUACUUCAUCCACACCUUGUCUCUAGUGGAGUCAUCAGUUCUAUUAUCCAUGUCCAUUGACCGCUACGUGGCCAUCUGCAACCCAUUGCGUUACUCCACUGUCCUGACACCUGCAUGUAUUGUCAAGAUGGGGUUAAGCUCCGUGCUUAGAUGUGCCCUCCUCAUCCUCCCCUUGCCAUUCCUCCUGAAGCGCUUCCAAUACUGCCGCUCGCAUGUGCUGGCCCAUGCUUAUUGUCUCCACCUGGAGAUCAUGAAGCUGGCCUGCUCUAGCAUCACUGUCAAUCACAUCUAUGGGCUCUUUGUUGUGGCUUGCACUGUGGCUGUGGACUCUCUGCUCAUCUUCCUCUCAUACGCCCUUAUUCUUCGCACCGUGCUCAGCAUUGCCUCCCGCCAGCAGCGACUCCAAGCCCUCAACACCUGUGCCUCGCAUGUCUGUGCUGUGCUGCUCUUCUACAUUCCCAUAAUUGGGUUGUCUCUUGUUCAUAAUUUUGGUGAACAUCUGCCCCGCGUUGUACACCUCCUCGUGUCCUAUGCGUAUCUGCUGGUACCACCGCUCAUGAACCCCAUUAUCUACAGCAUCAAGACCAAGCAAAUUCGCCAGCGUAUCAUUAAGAAGUUUCAGUUUGUAAAGUCACUUAGGUGUUUUUACAAGGAUUAA